AUUAUAAUUUACUAACCUAAUGCAGUAUUAGAACGGUCGUGUUCAGAGCUGUAUCUUUUAUUGUUCUGAUAUUUCCAUAUUCAACAUAACAAGGUGACAAUGGAAAGUAAAAAGCUCACAUUUACCGAAACAAUCGAUCUGCGUAAUAAAUAUGUCGGGAAAUCUUGCGAAUUGUUUUAUAAGAAGAAUCCUUUGAAAAUCGUUCGCGGCCAAGCACAGUAUUUGUACGACCAAGACGGAAGAGAAUACUUGGAUUGCAUCAAUAACGUAGCCCACGUUGGCCAUUGUCAUCCAGACGUGGUGAGAGCGGGCAUAGAGCAAAUGCAACAGUUGAACACCAACAGCCGGUUUCUACACGAUAACCUGGUGGUGUGCGCGGAGAAGAUCGUGUCGAAAAUGCCGGAAUCGCUUUCCGUCUGUUUCUUCGUCAAUUCCGGUUCCGAAGCAAAUGACUUGGCAUUGAGGUUGGCCCGUCAACACACCGGCAACACCGACGUCAUCACCCUGGACCAUGCGUACCAUGGUCACUUGACUUCACUAAUUGAUAUUUCACCUUAUAAACUAAAUUUGCCAGGAGCACCAAAAAAACCAGAUCACGUGCACGUAGCUCCGGUUCCGGAUGUAUAUAGAGGUAAAAUAAGAGCUGAUGAUCAUCCCGACGAGGAUAUGGGAAAAUUGUACGCUCUGGAAGUUAAAAAGAUUAUUGAUGAAAACGUGAUCGGGCAACGUGGUCAACAAGUGUGCGCUUUCAUCGCAGAAAGCUUACAAAGCUGUGGUGGCCAGAUUAUUUUACCACAUAAUUAUCUGCGAGAUGUUUACACAUACGUGCGGGAAGCCGGUGGCGUGUGCAUUGCUGACGAAGUUCAAGUGGGAUUUGGCCGGUCGGGUACGCACUAUUGGGCGUUCCAGAUCGACGGACCGGACGUACUACCUGACAUCGUGACCAUCGGCAAGCCUAUGGGCAACGGACAUCCGGUCGCCGCCGUCAUCACCACGGAAGCUGUGGCCCGAAGUUUUGAAGCCACUGGCAUACAAUAUUUUAACACGUACGGUGGAAAUCCCGUGUCGUGCGCAAUAGCCAUCGCCGUGAUGACCGCCGUCGACGAAGAACGGCUGGUGGACAACGCCAAAGACGUGGGCGGGUACCUGUUGUCCGAACUAGAAAACAUGCAACGGAGGUUCCCGGACGUGAUCGGAGAUGUCCGUGGUGUCGGACUAUUUGUGGGUGUAGAACUGAUAAAGGACCCGAAAACCAAGACUCCGGCAACGGUGGAAGCCCGAGAUGUCGUCGACAGAAUGAAAGAUGAAUUUAGAAUAUUGGUCAGCAGCGACGGACCAGACGUGAACGUCAUCAAACUGAAGCCACCGAUGGUGUUCAGCAGAGCCAAUGCUGACCGCUUUCUGAAGGCGUUCAAGACAUUGAUUUCAGAGAUUAGGACACAACGGUUUCAACUGCUGUGAUUUAUUUUAUACGGCAACCUACUAUAAAUGUUUACCUACGUAAUUUGGCAUCAAUAUCAUAAUUGUAAUUUGUAUUCUUCAAAUAUUAUAUAGGUUAUAUAAUAUAUAUGUAUAAUAUAUAAAAAAUAACCUAUUCCUGCACUUUAUAAAACAAAACGUAUGGCAUGAUACGUUAUGCAUAACAUAGGUAAUAAACUAAUAACUAAUAAUAUUAUAUUAAAUAAUUUAAAUGUAUAACUGAAAAUAUUAAAAUAACGAGAAUCGAAAAAUAGAUUAUUAUUCGUAUGUGUAAAAGUA